UCGGCAUUCGCGCGAAACCGCCGUCGAGUGCGCCCGUCUCACACCGCGCCCGACUCUCGACCGCGACGCACGUCCGCGCCACCCAGUGCUGUGCAGUGCUACCGAACUAUCUCGAGUGAUGCCAACGUGCCGUUCCGGGGAAGCGAUCUGAGCGAAAGGGUUGAAGCGGGCGGAGGGCGGCGCGAACCCGCGCAAGCGCCCGCGGGCCGUCGACGCCGAGACUUCUCACACGCGCCCGCACCGGCCCGCGCGAUGGACGACAAGCCGAGCGCCGGCGAGGAGCACUACAGCCUGCGCUGGAACAACCACCAGGCGCACCUGCUACGGGCCUUCGAGGCGCUGCUGCACGCGGAGACCCUCGUCGACGUCACCCUGGUGUGCGCCGAGCGCCGCGUCCGCGCCCACAAGGUCCUGCUCGGUGCCUGCAGCCCGCUGUUCCGGCGGAUAUUCAGCGAGAACCCGUGCAAGCACCCGGUUAUCGUGUUGAAAGACUUUCAGGGAUGGGAAGUGCAGGCGGUCGUGGACUUUAUGUACCGCGGGGAGGUUUCGGUGGCCCAGGAGCAGCUGGGCACGGUGAUCCGCGCGGGGGAGUCGCUGCAGGUGCGCGGCCUGGCCGACCAGGAGGUGGCGGAGUGCGCGGAGUCGGAGCGGUCGCCGGGAGGCAGCCCGCCGCCGGGCCCGCCGCCCGCCACGCCACCGCACAGCCCGCACAGCCCGCAGCCACGCCGCAAACAGGCCCGGCCUCGCCGCCGUUCCGGAGAAUCCGACACGCCGGAGAAUCUGUCCAUGAGGCGAUCUCCGAGCGGUCUGAAGGCCGUGCGGCUGUCCCGGGGUAGAUCUCCUCACAAGCAGGAGCCCGAGGAGCCGGAGACAGAGGCGCCCCCGCCACCCAGGAUGUUCCCAUCGCACCAGGACAUGUUUCCUCCGGUGCCUCCACCUGCAGUGUCAGCGAUGCCGCUGACGCCCCCCCACAUGUUCGGCAUGGACACCCCCCUCGGGCUGUUCCCCCCCGGCAUGGACCACAAGAUGUACCCGCUGAUGGAUGUGGAGCACCGCGCGCCGCCGCUAGACGCGCAACUCUUCACAAAUGUCAAAAAGAAAUGGCGACCGAAAGGACAGCACAGCGCGCCUCGCGGGGGCCCGCCCCGGUCCUGGACCAACGCGGAGCUGACUGAAGCCCUUCAACACGUCUGGAACAAGAAGAUGACCACGAGUCAGGCCUCCAGAAUAUUCGGCAUCCCCUACAACUCCCUCCUCAUGUACGUCCGAGGGAAGUACGGGAAGAGCCUCAAACUGGAGCAGCUGAGGAAAGACUGCAUCGGCGGACCCCUCGAGGUCCUCAACCUCAACUCCGGCAACAACAACAACAACCACCCCAAUAAACACGACAAAGACGAGCACCAGAACUCGAGCCAGCGGCCGUCGAGUUCGGAGCCCGACAUCACCUCGAAUCCCAUGUUCAACCCCUUCCAGCAGGGGUUCUACCCGGAGUUCCCCCCGGGGUUCCCCAUGCCGCUCAACAUGCUGCAUCUACUGCCUCACGACAAAACGAGGGAGCUGUACCAGUCCAUGCCCAUGGCGCUGGACUCGCUGUCGGGAGUGACGAAGGAGGAGGACUGCAAGAGCGACAGGUCCAAGGAGAACUCGGCGGACGAGGAGGGGGACUCGUACCGCGCGCCGGCGCUGCCCCCGCACCCCCCCGACAACCGCACGCUGCUGCACCACAACGGCCAGGAGUAAUCCGCCGGCUGCUAGCUCGCCGCACCACACGUUCCCGGGGUCUCGCGCGACGCGACACGACAUGCAAUCGCCAAACUUAGCCAAAACUUUAUUGUUAGUCGAAGCGACGUAGUUUUUUUCACGCAUCGUGUACAGACGCAAGAUGUCCAUAUUUAUAUAUUAUUAUACUAGUGAAAUUGAAAUGUGUUUAUAUUGUAAAUGUGUAGGGCGAUUAUUUAUUACGAGUGCAAUACGACAGACGGUUGUUAUCGCCGAGUUUUAGGGCCGUGUUUUUUCAUGAAGAAACGUUCGCCAGCACCGAGGACGUAGAUUUGAUGUUUGAUCUCUUUGCCGCUUUUUAGGUCCCUAAAUUCUAUUCGCAUUAUUUGGCAUACGUAUCGUUGUAUUAUAUUAAACUAGGACCCGGCGGUUGUUGAAAUUCCAUUUUACAUUCCAUACGAUUAAUUCUCCUAGGUAAUAGUUCAUAUCAUCUAAGGUUACGAUUUUACUCGAAGACUCUUGCCCUCUCCCGUGCUCUAGCACUCUAUACUGACGCAUGCGAGCGCACGUCACCAAAGUUUGUAAAUGUUCAUUGUAGUUAUAAUCGAGGACAAUUUUAAAUGUAAAUAGUUAAUUAAUGGAUUAUAAAUUUUAAUUAACCAUUAAAUAAGAGGACAUAACGUGUCUAAAACGGUAAAUAGUAGUGUAUUUGUAAUUGUUGUAGAUUUAGUGAAGUGAAACUGUGCGCCCGUCGCGGUCGCUCGCGCCGCGAUUCGCGCAGUCGGUAGGUCCGCGACGCACUAGUCAACAACACGAUCUGUUGCACCCGCUCCACGUGACUCCUCCCCGAAUAGACAACAGUGAAACUAAUUAUCUCGUAAUCCGAAAAGACCGAGUCCCCGACCGCCGUCCGCCGAGCGCCAGCACGGGUGGUCUGGCGUGACGUAGGCAUUAUUUUGAUUACACUCCGAUAAAACAAAGACCCCAUUAUUAGUACCGCAAUAGAAGGACAGUGCGCGCCAGGUAUAGACAAAUAAAGUAUCUGCACUCGAUGUUCAAAUAAAAAGGAGCUUUCAAGAUUUUAGUGAAUAAUGUGAAAGUUAGUAUAGGCGUGGUCUGACACCCCAUGGCUUAGAUAAUUGUAUACAAUGAUUUCGUAUUGAAUUAGAAUUAACGUGACGAAUCACAAGUCUCAUCGUUACUCCUUAAUUGGUUCAGUUCGAGGGACAUUUCGCAACACUAGUUCUUAUUUGUUUUUACGAGCGUCUACAUCACUAACGAGUAGUGCAAUAGACGAUUUAUUACAAAAGUAAAUUAAUAUAGUCGUGGAUAAAAUGGAACCGUAUAACUCUUAACAGAAGACUGAACACUAUUUUCGACUCUAUUUUGUAUUGUUAUACAACACAUAAUCACAGUCGUGGGUCCCUCGGCGUAGAAUGUCCACUUCGCGAAUGUAACAUACGCUAUUUCGCUCGAAAAUGACCCUUAUUAAUAUACUAAUGUUCCGUUUCAAGGUAACAUGUUUCUGAAACACAUAACAUAUUGGUACGUCUUACAUACAAUACAUCAAAUGUAAUGGGCCUUCAUUUUUUCUGAGCCCUCAAGACAAAGGUUCAGCUGUCUUACAAAAUUUCGAACAUAUCAAGGUGUUUUUCAGAAAAAGUUACUUUCGGCGAGAGAAUUUUACGAAGAAAGUUUUCGAUCUUUGCAAUUACGAAUUCGUUAAUUUACGAAAUAAAUAUUUUGCGCCGAGCGGAUUCCAAUUUUGAAAAUGCAUACCGGGUUGUAGUCUUCAUUAGCGUCACGUCACUACAAUAUAUUAUUACAGGGAUUUUAUAUAAUAACGAAUUAUAUUCAUUGAAUAUGUAUACCUAAUUACAUUUUAACAGAAAUCUGUUAAAAAUACUUUUAUCUAAUGCCUUUGUUUUUCGUUUUUAAUAGAAUGCUAUAUUAUUAGUUACAAUAGAUUAAGGUUCAUCCUAUUAUUUUCUGUGUAUCCAUACUAGAUAAAUGUGCCAAAAGGUCAAAAUCCAUCGGGUACUUUGUUUUCAGUAGCGAUCUGCGAAAUUGACGAGUUGUUGUUCUCUUGUGACUUGUGAUCGAUGAUAUCAGUCGAUAGAUUUACCUAAUUCGUACAAACUCAUCAGUAUUAGUGAUUUUGUUAAAGUUUUAAUUGAGACGUUUUAAUUAAGUUUUGUUAUUUGUUAUUGUGUACGGUUACGUGAUCGGUGUGGAAUUCUCUGUAAAAAUCUCAUGUUUCACGAUUGCAAAUUUUCUUUGUAAAUAAAAUUUCCUACGUUCAUAAUGUUACCGAAGUUUUUCAAUAAAAUACCGGAUAUUUGUGAAUUUUUGUCAGCCAAAUCUAUAUACAUACGUAUAGUAAUUUUAAAUUCAAAGAUCGAACAUUAUUCGGCCGGAUUGGAAUUCUGGGUCCGUGCGUCACAUGUUUUUUUUAAUAAAAACUAUUGUGACGUCACAUUAAAAUCGGAUUCGUCGCUCGCUCGACCUAUCCGAAGACUUCUAAUAUCGAAGUUUUGCGAAGUUUACUUCGGUCGAAUGAUGAACGAAUGAGUUAGUUUUAUGAAAUUGUGAUUGUAAUUAUUUAGUGAAUCGUUCUUUAGUUCCUUUAUUUUGUUAUCGAUAUUUAUAUUGUAAUUAAAUUUAAUUUCUAGGUUUAAUA